AUGGAAGCUACAAGUUCUAUGUCAAGCACCCACAUAUGGAGCUCUCCGAUUCCAUAUCUCUUUGGAGGACUGGCUCUAACGUUGAUCCUCAUAUUCACAGCACUGAUCAUAUUGGUGUGCUCAUAUCAGAAGCACACAUCCGGAGAAUUGCGUGAGGCCGAUGAGAAGCUGCCGAAAGCCGUGAUCAUACCAUUGGAUGCAGAGCCGAAGAUUGUGGUGAUCAUGGCCGGAGAUGACAUGCCGACUUACAUUGCGAAACCGGUCACUCCUCUGCCCAUCUGCUGUGAUCAAGUCUAA